GGCAGUGACAUCAUAAUGUCUUAGCUAGUUACAGGAUCUGCUGGGCAACAGAAAGAAACUCUUCAGGGGAAGCAGGAGAUUACUGGAUAAAUCAAUCAUUUUCCCUAUGAAUUUUAUAUUGUUUAUUUUUGUAUCUGGGGUUUUUUCCUUACAGGACCCCAAUACAACUAACCAUGGUGGUGCUGACGAGAUGUGGGCACCUAACGCUAUAAAAGAAUAUAAACCAGGACCGGAAAUUAAGGAGAAUACUCCUGCUAAUGAGAAAAAUGGCAAUUAUUAUAAAGAUAUAAAACAAUAUGUGUUCACAACGCAAAAUCCAAAUGGCAGCCAGUCUGAAAUAUCUGUGAGAGCAACAACUGAUUUGCAAUUUGCUCUUAGAAACUAUAAACUCGUCAAUGAAACAACUGUGUCACCUAUUGGAAUAGGCACCAGUGAAGAAUUUCCAGCAGAACCCUCUGGAAAAAACAAUCAAAGACUAACCAAGGGUCCAAAUGAACCUGCAUUUUGGACAAUGUUAGCUAAAGCUUUAAAUGCAACACCAACAGCUGAGGAGAUUGAAGAAAGAGAUCAAUUAUUUCGCCCAAUUCCAAAGUCUGAUUUGAAUGCCACAAGUGAAGACACCCUGACCAAGCUACAGGAAAUCAAGUUAAAAUUAAUGCUGGGCAUCUCAUUGAUGACCCUCUUCCUUUUUGUUAUCCUCUUGGCAGUCUGUAGUGCCAUGCUGUACAAAGUGAAGACAAUUAAUUAUAAAAGUAGAUGUCAGACUGAAUACACCGUCAACCCAGAGCUGGCAACUCUGUCUUAUUUUCAUCCUUCAGAAGGCAUAUCAGACACAUCUUUCUCUAAGAGUGCUGAGAGUAGCACAUUUUGGGGCACCACUUCUCCAGAACUGAAAAAACCAGACAUAGUGUCAAAAUCUAGAACAACGGACAUUGUUUCCACAGCCUCAGAUGAUACAGGCGGGAAUGAGGAGUCAGAUUUAAUUCAGAGUGAGGAGCCAAGUGAAGAAACACCCACUGAUGAAUAGAUGUUAAGUUUUUUUCAGAAAAGAAGUUUGUGAUUUCACUAACAUCAUGAUUUGGAAACUCUGCUGAGAAACUUAAAUUUUCUGGUAUCUGAAAAGGAGGACAUAUUCAAUAAAAUUAUCUCAGCCAUAAAAAUUAUACAAUGGAAAAAAAUACAAGAAAAUAAUUUAAUGUGUGGAAAACUCAUUCAGUAAAAAUAAUCCUGGACAGUGACUUAUGAAAUUUAUUUACUCUAGGCUGGUUAGCUUUAAAAUGAAGACAUUUAGAUAUCUAUCUUAUCUGGGGACAUUUGGGGAACUUUCAUGAUAAUCACUACUACCUACAUCCCUCCUCCUCACCAAAGCAAAAAGAACACACUUGUGUUUUACUGCUGAAACAGUUGGGCCCUAUGAAGAAAUGAAACUAAAUUAGUACUAGAGACUCCUAG